CAUUGCAGCCGCAGCGACAAAAAGGCUUUGUAUCCCUUCCCUCCCUUUCUUCCCUCUUCUUCCCAUUGUUAUUCUCUGUGUUUGACUUGUUUCGAAACGUAGAACCAUCGAAACCGUCUUCCGGUGCUGCGGUUGCCUGUCGCCACUUGAAAAAUUGCUUUGUCUCUCUGUUUAUUUCUAAUACCAUAAGAAAAAGGAGAGAAGAGCAACAAACAUGGCGGCUCAUGGAGGAAAGAUGAAGUCGGUUUCCAUUAACGGUGUGAAGAUGUAUACGAUUUCUUCCCAUCAACGCUCCGUUGCUGCCUGGCUUUCUCCCAAGAAGCAACGAUCCCUCCGCAAAGACAAAAAUUAUACGGAGAGGUUGGAGUUGAUUCAGGAUUUGAGAUUCGAAACUGCUACCUCGAAAAUCAAGAUAACACCUGAUGGGGAGUACCUUAUUGCGUCAGGUAUAUAUCCUCCACAAGUGAAAGUAUAUGAACUUAGGCAAUUUUCAAUGAAGUUUGAGAGGCACCUCGAUUCCGAAAUAAUUGAUUUUCAGAUAUUGGAUGAGGACUAUUCCAAACUUGCAUUCCUAUGUGCUGAUCGUUCUGUUAAUUUACAUGCAAAAUAUGGGAAGCACUACAGUCUGCGGAUUCCAAGGAUGGGAAGAGAUAUUGCAUAUGAUUGCUGGUCUUGUGACUUGCUUUGUGCUGCUUCAUCUCCAGAUCUAUAUCGAAUUAAUUUAGAACAGGGGCGGUUCCUAUCUUCUCUUAACACUCAAUCUCCAGCACUAAAUGUGGUUUCUAGAAGCAAGUUUCAUGGCUUAGUUGCUUGUGGGGGUGAGGAUGGUGCUGUUCAAUGUUUCGACAUGAGAAUGAAAACUUCAAUUGGCAGAAUAAAUGCUGUUUCUCCUGCUGGUGAUGCAGAGGAGGAAGUUACUGCAAUUGGGUUUGACGAGAGUGGAGGUUUCCUCAUGGGUGUUGGAAGCAGUGCAGGAAAGGUGCUAAUCUAUGACUUACGUUCUUCAUCUCCUAUCCGAGUUAAGGAUCACAUGUAUGGCAGCCCAAUAUUGGAUAUUAAGUGGCAUAAUACUCUGAACUUUGACCAACCAAAAUUAAUUACCACAGAUACUCAUAUUGUUAAAAUAUGGGAUCCUGAGACGGGAGAAGGAAUGACCAGCAUUGAACCAACAGCUGGGGCAAUCAAUGAUAUAUGUGUGUUCAAUGAUAGUGGGCUGAUGUUGCUGGCUUUGGAUGCUAGCCAGAUUCCUGCUUAUUUCAUACCUGCUUUGGGACCUGUUCCCAAGUGGUGUUCUUCGCUGGAAUCUCUUACGGAAGAGCUUGAGGAGGGUGGACAAACAAGCAUAUAUGACAACUAUAAAUUUUUAACAAAAGAGGAUCUUGAGAAGUUGAAUUUGACAAAUCUAAUUGGGACCAAUCUUCUGCGAGCCUACAUGCACGGGUUCUUUAUUGACUUUCGUUUGUACAAAAAGGCAAAAGCAUUGGCAGAUCCUUUUGCAUAUGAAACUUACAUAGAGCAGCGAAAACAAGAGAAACUGGAGGCUGAACGUCGCAACCGUAUUACGAUGAAGAGGAAAAUACCCAAGGUUAAGGUUAAUCAAGAACUUGCAGAGCGGAUCGUGGAGAAUGAAGAGGCUGAAAACACAAAGAAAGACAUUGACGAUAACGAGAGUAAGAAAACUUCGAAGAAGAAGAAGAAAGGUGCUUUUAGCACUGAAAUAUUUAAAGAUGAGCGAUUUGCACAAAUGUUUGAAAAUAAGGAAUAUGAAAUCGACGAGCAAUCACAAGAGUAUCUUGCUUUACAUCCUAUGGCUUCCAAGAAGCAACCGUCAAUGGUUGAGGAACAUUUCGAACCUGUUGUGGAAAACGAUGAUCAGAGUUCGAGUGAUUCCGAUGCUUCAGAAGCAUAUCAAUCAUCUGAAGAUUUGGGUGUCAAUCAUAAAACAAAGAAGUCACGAGGUCCUAGAAUGUAUGAAGUUAAAGAUGAGCGGCACGCGGAAGCAUUUUGGAACAACAUUUCACUUGCAAAGGAAGAUUCACUUCCUAUGGGGGAGAGAGUGAAGGCUCUCCAAGAUGACCAGUUUUCAGGUUUACCAAAUCACGUGAAGUUGGGGCCGGGAGGGUCACGACAAAUUUCCUUCAUCACUAAAAGUUGUGCCAAAUACAAGGAGGAUGAUGAUGACAGAAUGACCAGACACGAAAAGAGAGGAGUUCAAUCAUUAGGGCUGAAGCCAGAUAGAUCAACGUUCACAGGCCGAGGCCGAGGCCGAGGCCGAGGCAGGGGUGGAGGCAGAGGCGGAGGGCGUGGGAGAGGAAGGAGAGGCAGAAGGUAAUCAUGUCUUUGCAUUUAGAUAUUUGCUCAAUUUUCAGGUCAGGAUCCUACCUGCUUAUGCCGCCAUAUCCAUAUAUGGUUUUUGUUGUAUUUAUUUCUAGGGUUAUGCAUUUUUUUCUUAUGGAGAAGCAAAAUUUUGUUUGUUACCCUUAGUUAAAAAGCUCAAAUGUUCUUUUGGUAGAUUAUACAAAUAUUGCUAAACAAUAUUUCUCCCUUCAUUAUUGGUUUUGGUUUUUGCAA